CCGAUACGAAUAAUAUCAGAAAUUGCCAUGUGAGGAUAUUCUCAGGCAAUGUUAAUAAAGCGACGUGAAAUAAACUAGAAUAUUAAUAAAAUGGGUCAGACUAACACGCAUGUCUAUAAUAAUUACACUUCAUCAAACUACUCGCAGCCCUAUGACAUAAUUGAGUUGGAUAAAGACGAUUGUGCGGUCGCUGAUGAUCCUAAAUAUCCUAGUAGCUUGGGGAUUACGCUUGCCGUGCCAGAAUGGGAGGCUAUUUGCACAGCCAUUGUUCUCACUCUAAUUAUUAUAUCUACGAUAGUUGGUAACAUCCUCGUAAUUCUCAGCGUGUUUACAUACAAACCCCUGCGAAUAGUUCAAAAUUUCUUUAUUGUGUCACUCGCGGUAGCCGAUCUCACGGUUGCAAUAUUAGUUCUUCCUCUAAACGUAGCUUACUCAAUAUUAGGACAAUGGGUUUUCGGAAUCUAUGUGUGCAAAAUGUGGUUGACCUGCGACAUAAUGUGUUGCACGUCAUCGAUAUUGAACUUAUGUGCGAUCGCUUUGGAUAGAUAUUGGGCUAUUACUGACCCUAUAAAUUACGCCCAAAAAAGGACAUUGGAAAGGGUGCUCCUAAUGAUCGGUAUAGUGUGGGUGCUAUCUCUCAUCAUUAGCUCUCCACCAUUGUUGGGAUGGAAUGAUUGGCCUGAAGUGUUUGAGCCUGACACGCCUUGUAGAUUGACAUCUCAGCCGGGCUUCGUAAUAUUUUCCUCGUCCGGAUCUUUUUAUAUUCCCUUAGUUAUAAUGACAGUGGUGUACUUUGAAAUAUAUUUGGCAACAAAGAAAAGAUUAAGAGACCGCGCAAAAGCUACAAAAAUAAGCACUAUUUCAACGGGUAAAAGCAAAUACGCAGCAAAAGAUAGUGAUCCACACGACCAAGAUUCCGUAAGUUCUGAGGCUAAUCACAGUGAACACCAAGGUGUUACGCGUCUUGUAUCUGAUACGGAAAAGAAGAAAAAACCCAAAAAGCAUUCACAAGCUAAGAAAAAACCAGCGAAACGAUGUUAUUGGAGUAAAGAUGAUAAAUCACAAAACAAAUUAAUCGUACCAAUACUAUCAAACGAAAAUUCUGUGAGUGACAUGGUGGAUAAUCCGGAAAAUCGUAACACAUCAUCAGAAAGUAAUUCAAAAGAGACACACGAUGAAGAUAUAGAAAUUGUAGAAGCUGGUUCAACGAAAUCACACAAACGUGCUAGACCCAACCAACAGAACACUGUUUAUCAGUUCAUUGAAGAAAAGCAACGAAUCUCAUUAACUCGUGAACGGCGAGCAGCCAGAACUCUUGGGAUAAUAAUGGGAGUAUUUGUCGUGUGUUGGCUCCCAUUCUUCGUCUUAUAUCUCGUGAUACCGUUUUGUUCGAGUUGCUGCUUAUCGAACAAGUUCACAAACUUUGUUACAUGGCUUGGUUAUGUAAAUUCUGCUCUCAAUCCUUUAAUAUAUACGAUAUUUAAUAUGGACUUUAGGAGAGCGUUCAAAAAAUUGCUUUGUAUAAAGCCGUGAGG